CCAAUCUCCGCCUCCUCCAGUCCUUCACUCCCCCUGAUAGCCCCUCCAUUGCCAUCCCUGUUCUCCGCCACGCUCCUUCCAUCCUAAACCUCGGUUCGGAGAAUCUUUUAGCUAAGCUCCAGUUCUUUGUGGAGCUGGUCGGGAAAAAGGCAGCAGGGAGGGUGGUUAGUAGUCAUCCGCUGGUUUUGACACUGUCUAAGAAGAAUUUGGAGGGUAAGGUGGCGGUUCUGAGCGGUUUAAUUGGCCCGGAGAAUGCUGCACUCGCCGUGGCGCGAUUCCCACUGCUGCUGACUUCUGGAGAAGAGACCAUGAAGCAGAACUAUGCAGAGCUUUUGAGGGAGUUUCAGGAGGCGUUGGAAGGGGGAGGAGGGGAUGAGGGUGGGAUUGAGGGACUGGAGGCAGGUGGGAUUGGUGAAGCGAAGGAGGGGGAUGGAGAGUAUAGCUGGGAUGGGAACAUGAGGCACAAGGUGGAGUACUUGAAGCGGGAAAUGGGGCUCUCUAUAAUGGAGGUGCUUGCCUUCCCUCCAUUCCUGGGGUUUAACCUGGAUCGGCGAAUCAAGACGCGACAUGCGGCGCUGCUGCAGUUGGGCUACGACGUUGUGUCCUAUAAGACUGUGGCUCUUCAGAAGCUCAGCAGCAAUCGGAAAGGGGCUGCGGACAAAGAUGAGGAGAGGGGAAACCGAGAGGAGGACGUGGACGGGAAAUUGAAGAAGGGUUUGGCAGAUGUGGGGAAUGGGGAAGAUGAGUGGCAAGAAGAGGAGGCUGAUGAGGAGAGAAAUGAGCUUCUGGCCCCCUCUCUCGUCCACCUCAGCUCUCAGACUCUUUUAUCUAAGCUCCAGUACUUAGUGGGAGUGGUGGGGAAGAAGGCAGCAGGGAGCGUGGUGCGCAGCUACUCGUCGAUUCUUAUUCUAUCGGUAGAGAACAUGCGGGGCAAGGUGGCGUUGUUGGGCGAUCUGAUUGGACGAGAGAACGCUGUGCUUGCUGUGGCUCGGUUUCCUAGGCUGCUGUCAUCUAGUGGUGAGAACAUUCAGAUGUGUUUUAGAGAACUCGUGCGAGAAGUGGAGGCAGCAAUGGAGGAGAGUGGAGGAGAGGAGGUGAGGAGGCAAAUGCUCGAGGAAGGUGCAAGGAAGCUAGCAAGCGGAGGGAGCGGACGAGCAUUCAAGAGCAUUGCUGGUCUCACGAUAGCUCAUGAGAUGGUGGUGAAUCUGGUGGUUAAGAAUCCAGCAAUUAUCUGCUACAAUUGGGAGUGGAACACAAGGCACAAGGUGGAUUACUUAAAACGGGACAUGGGGCUCCCUGUAACGGAGGUCCUUGCGUACCCGCACUUCCUUGGGUACAGCCUCGAUCAGCGAAUCAGACCGCGACAUCUGGCGGUGCUGAGCAAGGGCUACGUGCUCGUGCCGCAUGAGGUGGCUCUGCCGAAUAAUAGGGGAGAAGGGGGAGGGAAUUUGGAGGGAGUUAGUAGCGAGAGGAGGGCAGAAGGGAAGGAUGAGGAUGCUAAAGUGGAUUACGGGGAGGAUGAGGGUGAGAUGGGUGAGUUGGGGGUGGGGACGGUCGAGUGUCAAAGUGUUUUAGAUUCUAUGCAAGACAGCUAUGACGUGUUGGGGAGAACGGGUGCUGCGAACGGAGCAGGAGUGGUUCACGAGGCGGAAAGCGCGACUCUGCGAUUCGAACCGAGCUUCGACGACGAGCCAGUACUGUCGGUUGGGACGGAGGCUCGGUUGCGUGCAGGAGGAAGAGAUGAAGGAGAAAGUGAGGGACGAAAAUCAGAAAAGAGCGAGAGUAGAGUGACAAGAGCAAGGGAAGUGGAGGACAAGGUUGCGGGAGGCGGGUGGAAUGGAGAGAGGGAAGGAUGCAAGGAGACAGAGGAGGAGGAAAAGGCAAUGGCUGUGAUUGCCGGAGUGCUGAGAGAAAAAUUCGGGUCCCAGAUUGUGACAGAGGAGCUGUUUAGUAACGGAAGGAUUACGGAGGAGGAGCAGGCUAAGGGACGACAAGAAGAGGAGGAGGGGGAUGGGGAUGAGGAAACAGAAGGCUCAGAAGUUGGGGGCGAAGAGGAUGGGGAAGUGAACGAGGGGGAAGACGCAGAAGCAGAAGCAGGAGCGUGUGAGGAGGACGCACCACCACCCACCACAUCUCCUCCCACACUCCCUCCUCCAUGCAACGGCCUGCGGAACAUGCAAGGCAAGGUGGAUUUGUUGAGCGAUCUGAUUGGCCGAGAGAACGCUGUGCUUGCAGUGGCGCGGUAUCCUUUGCUGCUGGGUUCCAAUGAGGAGAAUCUGAAGAGGCGUUUCAGCGAGCUUGUGCGAGAAGUGCAGGAGGCUCUGGAGGAGAGUGGAGGAGAGGAGAAUGGGAGGCAAAUGCUCCAGGAAGGUGCACGGAAGCUUGUGCGAGAAGUGGAAGAGGUAUCGGAGGGUGGUGAAGCUGAUGGGGUUGCUGGAGGAAGCUUGCCUGUUGAAGAGCCUCAGAAGGAUUCAAAGGAUGCAAGAGAGCGUGCGGAGGGAGUGGGACGUGGUGCAGAAGCAAGGGCAGGAGAAGGACGAGGCUUUAAGAACUCUAAUGGCUGCUCGACAGCUCGUGAGAUGGUGGCAAAUCUGGUGAUUAAGUAUCUGACAAGUAUAUGCUACAGUUGGGAGGGGAACACAAGGCGCAAGAUUGAGUACUUAAAGCGGGACAUGGGGCUCUCUAUUAAGGAGGUGCUUGCGUUCCCUAAUUUCCUUACGUACAGUUUGGAUCGGCGAAUCAGACCGCGGCAUUUGGCGCUUCUGAGAGAGGGCUAUGUGUUGGCGCCACAUGAGGUAGCUCUGCCAAAACAUUGUGAAGGGGGAGGGCACCUGGAAGGCAUUUUCAUUGGGAGGAGGCGGGCAGAAGAGAAGGAAGCAGGGGAGGGUGUGGGUGGGAAAGAUGAGUUCGGGGUGAGGAAGCAGGAGGAUAGAACUGCUUUGAAAUCUGGGGAGAGGAUAGCACAAGAUGGCUAUACUGCGUUGGGGGGAGAAGGGGCUGUGGCUGUGCGCCGUUUGUCUCAGCGGCGUGAGAAAUGGCGGCAGGGAAGGAAGGCGGUUUGCUUGAGUCAGUUUCUUGCGUGCACGGACGAGGAGUUUAUUAAGAGAUUUGAAGUUGAGGUCACACCGUUCAUGCUGGAAGCUCAUCCCUAG